CUCACUCCCUCCCUCCCUCCCUCCUUCUCUCUCAGGCUCUCCCUCACUCAGGCUCAGGGCUCUCAAGAUCCAGGUCGGGAGAAAUCGCGGCGACAAUCUCGGAAGCGAAGAUGCGGGGGGUCGUGGCCGCGGGAGUCGCCGUGCUGUGGGCGCUGCUGGCCGCUCUGGUGCCCGGCGGCGCGUCGGAGCUGGCGACGGUGGUGCAGGAGCAGGUCAAGCCCGAGUCCACGCUGCUGAAGCCGAAGGUUAUGAUCGCCAUCGUGGCUCGGAACGCUGCGCACAGCCUGCCGCACUACCUGGGCUGCAUCGAGAGGCUGGACUACCCGAAGGAGCGCAUAGCGAUCUGGGCAGCAACAGACCAUAAUGUGGACAACACCACGGCCAUGUUGAGAGAAUGGCUGAAGAGAGCCCAGCGUCUGUAUCACUACGUGGAGUGGAGGCCGAUGGAGGAGCCCAGGUCUUACACAGAUGAGUGGGGUCCAAAACACUGGCCUCCGUCCAGAUUCAACCACGUGAUGAAGCUGAGACAAGCGGCACUGAAGGCUGCACGAGAGCGAUGGGCUGACUACAUACUGUUUGUAGAUAGCGACAACCUGCUGACCAACCCUCAAGUUCUGAACCUGCUGAUGGCUGAGAACCUGACGUUAGUGGCGCCCAUGUUGGAGUCUCGCUCGCUCUACUCCAACUUCUGGUGUGGCAUCACCCCUCAGGGUUACUACAAGCGAACGCCAGACUACCAGCCAAUCAGAGAGUGGAAGCGGCUCGGUUGCUUCCCCGUUCCCAUGGUGCACAGUACUUUCCUGGUGGACCUGCGCCGUGAAUCCAGCAGAGAUCUGACCUUCUACCCUCCUCACUCUGACUACAGCUGGGCGUUCGAUGACAUCAUGGUGUUUGCUUUCUCAGCACGUCAAGCAGGUGUGCAGAUGUAUGUGUGCAACAGAGAGCACUAUGGUUUCCUGCCAGUCCCUCUCAAAGCUCAGCAGAAUGUAGAGGACGAAAGGGAAAGUUUCAUACACACCAUCACCGAGGCUUUGAUUGACCACGACAUCGAGCCCUCCGAGCACGUUUACGCUCCGCCAUCGCUGCAGGGCAAGAUCGGCUUCGAUGAAGUUUUCCUGAUUAACCUGAAACGGCGGCUGGACAGAAGAACCCGGAUGUUGAAAACAAUGGUCUCUCUGGGCCUUCAGGCCACGCUGACAGACGCAGUGGACGGCAAGGCUCUGAAUACGUCACAGCUGCAGGCGUUGGGAAUAGAAAUGAUGCCGGGCUACAAGGACCCAUAUUCUGGCCGAGUUCUGACCAGAGGGGAGAUCGGCUGCUUCCUGAGCCACCACUCUAUAUGGAUGCAGGUGAUAGAACGUGGUCUCCAGAAGGUUCUUGUUUUAGAGGACGAUGUGAGGUUUGAGCCCAGGUUUAAACGAAGGCUGCAGGCCAUAAUGGACGACAUAGACAAAACCCAGCUGGACUGGGACCUCAUCUACGUGGGGCGUAAGCGUAUGCAGGUGCAGCAGCCGGAGCAGUCGGUGGACGGUGUUCACAAUCUGGUGGUGGCAGAUUAUUCCUACUGGACGCUCGGCUACGCACUUUCCCAGCAAGGAGCCAGAAAGCUGCUGGCUGCACAGCCUUUCUUGAAGAUGCUGCCUGUGGAUGAGUUCCUGCCCAUCAUGUUUAACAAACACCCCAAUGUCCAGUACAUGUCUCAGUUUGAGCCUCGGGACCUGAAGGCCUUCUCCGUGGAGCCGCUGCUCAUCUAUCCCACCCACUACACCGGAGAACCGGGCUACAUCAGCGACACCGAGACCUCCACCAUUUGGGACGACGAAGCCGUGGCCACCGACUGGGACCGGCAGCACGACCGCAAGACGGCCCAGCAGGGUCGCAUCCGGCCCGUGGCCCAGAACAGCGUCACCGGAGACUCGCCGCCUCCAGCAGCUCGAGCAUCACGAGACGAACUCUGAUACAGAGACCCGAGAGAGAAAGACUACAAAUAUAAAGUGUACAAGUCAUGUGUACACACACUUGAAAAGACACUUGAACUACAAGGUGACAUACUGACAUCAUGCAUUCACACACAUACAAUAAUACAAAGCAGAAUUGAGACGUCAAUCCAGUCUGCUGCCUGAGGAGCGACGCUGAUGAGAGGAGGAAGAGGAAGAAGAGCAGAACCUGGGACGAGGGCCAGCGGGCCUUUGACCAAAGCUUUAUUUAUUCCCCUUGUGUCUCCUCUGGGCAUGUGCAGUUACAUUCUGUAAGAACUUAAGCAACACAUGGAAGACAGCUAACAUCAUUUGCAGGAAAAAAGAAUCAUUCCAACAAAUUAAUUUUUAUAUUGUUUAAAAAAGAUUAUUGUUAUUUAAACGGAGCAGAUGUGUUUUUACGGGACAGCGGCAGAAUAAAGGAAUCUUAAAGCUGUCUGAAAACAACUCUUGGAGUGUGCGUGUGAGGCUGUUUGCGGGCGUGCAUGUUGACAUAUGCAUGUGUUUACGGCAAUGGGAGGAGGGAGGCGGACAUACUGUACCCAGGAGUGCCAUUGCUACACAUGCUGUUCCACACACACACAUACACACACGGAAUGAAAAGUGCAGGCCUUUCUUGCCAGCCAGCAGGGCAGCAACAGAUGUUAUUAAAUUUCUGUCAUUGCAGAAAGAAAAACCUUCUAAGCGGGCUGGUCCUGCUACAUAGCAUCAGUCCCACAUUAGAUGUAGCAUAUAAGAUAUACAGUUUCAACCCUUUUCAGACUUUAUGUGUGGGAAAUGUUUUGGAAAAACUGAGUUAAUUAAUUUUUCUCGUCCUCAACUCAGGCUGUGCUUCGUUCAGUUGUGUUGCUGGGCCGAACCAAUAAAACGACUUCUCUGUU